CAUAUUGACAGCUACGCUUAAAAUAGUCGAAAAUUUAUUUAUGAGUCAGUUGAACUGUAAAAAUCUUGUAUAAUUGCACUAUUUUCUUUAAAUAGGGGUCCUAAAUUUUGCUAUUUGUGUCCUUCAAUAAUCUUUAUACUCAACCAGCAAAACAUGUCAGUGACACUUCAUACAAACCUAGGAGACAUCAAGUGUGAAAUCUUCUGUGAUGAAGUCCCUAGAACUGCUGAGAAUUUCUUGGCGUUAUGCUCAAGUGAUUAUUAUGAUGGGACCAUAUUUCAUAGAAACAUAAAGGGUUUCAUGAUCCAAGGUGGUGAUCCAACAGGUACAGGAAAAGGUGGAACAAGUAUUUGGGGAAAAAAGUUAAACGACGAAAUAAGGGAGUCUCUCAAGCACAAUGCAAGAGGGAUUUUGUCAAUGGCCAACAGUGGCCCUAAUACCAAUGGGAGCCAGUUUUUCAUUACUUAUGCCAAGCAACCGCAUCUCAAUGGAUUGUACACCAUCUUCGGGAAAGUGAUACAUGGAUUUGAGGUUCUUGAUCUCAUGGAAAAGACUCCAACAGGACCAGGUGAUAAGCCCCUUGCCGAGAUCAGGCUCAACCGGGUGACUAUACAUGCUAAUCCACUUGCUGGAUGACAUUCUUUUGAAGCAUGCCAAGGCAGUACGUGUAAUUUCAUCGUUCGGCUUGUUGAUCAUGGUGAAUACUUUGGAAUAUUGCUAUGGUCGACCUUCACUGCCAGCAAAUUUACCAGUAGAUAGAGAGUAGUUAAUGCGGGAUGAUAAUUGUAACGAAACUUCCUUUGGUUGAACUGGUUUAGCUGCAGAUCUAUUGAUCUCUCUGAAAGAACAUUCUUGAUAUCUCCAAAAAGCAAAUAACUAUGAAGUGGUUCUCCAGAUCUAACAUGUCUACAGUUUGUCAUACUAUAAUGUCGGAACUAUGAAAAGUUUGAAGAUCUAUGGAAUGUAAAUGCUAAGUUGUUAACAUUGGUUGUUUUUUAUGAAAUGUUGUAUCUGCUGCA